AUGAUGAUCUCAUGCCUUGUAGAUAUGUUGGAGGAGUUACCAAAGAGGCUUUUUAAGGAGGGCGAAGAGCCUCAGGUGUCUCAGAUCAAUAACAACUGCAGGAUCGACUACAUAAUUAAGAAGUUCACAGCGUGGAUGCCAAAGGAGCUGGAUGUUGUGAAGAAAGAUCCGGUGUUUGCUCAGAUUUUUAAGCUUCAUGAAAACGGUCUCGGGUACUCGGCGAGAGUGGUACACAGCUUCUUGUGCAGGGAGCUGGUGACUUACAAGCUUCACGAGCUUUGGUUUGUCUUUGCGAGGAGACCACUUCGAUUCUCACUUCAAGAGUACCACGCAGUAACCGGGUUUGAGUGCAACACGAGUAUCUCCCUUUCGGAGUUUGAAGAGUGGAAAUUUGAUGGUGGUUUCUGGAGCAGGGUUUUGAGGAGGAAAGACGAGACAGUUACACUCUUCGAUCUGUGGAAUAAGGACAAGGACUCUGUCAAGAAGUGGAAGAAUGCAGAUCGCAUACGGCUGAUCUACCUUGCCUUCAUUCUUUGUGUCGUUUUAGCGAGAGAUGAGAAGCAGAAUAUCCCGCUCAAAUACAUCAAGGUGGUCAUGGAUCUUGAGAAGGUUCGAAAGUAUCCUUGGGGAGUUGCUUCUUAUGAUCUUCUCUGCGAGUCAAUAGCCAAGAACCGCUACAAACUAAAGGAGAAGACAAGUAGUUAUGUCUUAGAUGGAUUCUCCUACGCCUUGCAGAUUUGGGCAAUGGAAGCUGUACCAAAGAUUGGAAAGCUUUGUGGUAAGAAACUGGACAAAGCUUUUGCGGAUGGUCCUAGAUGCAUCAACUGGAUGGGAGCUGGAAAGGUGUCAUAUCAAGAGAUCAAUCGGUUGGAGGAGAUUUUUACAGCUGAGGAUGACAUGUAUCCAUUCAUCUCAUGGACAGGGAAUAUGGAUGUUAUCCAGAGUGUUGAUUUCCGCAGAGAUGAUGUGGAGGAUGAAAGAAUCAAGGGUCUAAUUGAGCUGAUUUCCGCAAAGAAUGACUUCACUCAGCAUGUUUGGGAUUUCGAAGAAGCUGUAGAGGAAUCUCUAGCAAAUGUGAAUGGUGAAGAGGGAGUGAAUGAUGAAGCAGCUGAGACAGAUGAGAGUGAUGAAACUUUUCAGACUCCAAGAGGAUCAACGAGCCUAGGCGAUACAACAAAGCAGGGUAAGAAAAGGCUUCCAGAUCGUGGUAUGGAAAAAAGGAAGCAUAAGGUUCUCAAUGGUGGAUCGAAGCAACCAUCUUUUAAUGAAGACAUGAAGGCUUUUAUGGCGCAGUUGUUUGAGCAGAGUAUCUCUGCAAUGGAGCAAAGGAUGGAGAAGAAGAUGGAUGAGAAAUUAGAGCAAUUGGAACAUCGGCUAAAAGCUCCAACUAAGGAACCCCGCGUUGAAGUUGAGGAUGGAGAGACGCCUUCUCCGAGCAAGACAACUACGACCCAGCAGCCAUCGUUGAGGAGGUCCACACGCGGGGUAAAGAAAAACUAG